GAUAUUUCACCUGUCCGGGACUUUUUGAACACCCUGUAUAUAUCGCCUCGCGUAGCAGAACUUUCCGACUGCCAUUCCGAAGAUUUCGACGCGUUGAAUUUGUCAUUGUUAUCUCGCGUCUCGAACGAAGCCAUUAAAGUAAUCACGUCGGACGCUGCGCCCUAUUCCGCCGCUAUAAAGUUCAUUAACGUGCGACAACGAGCCGACUUUGGUACUUCGCGUCUGCUGUCUUGAAGCAGCGCGUAUGUAAUAUGUAUACGCGUUCUACGGCGAAGCUACCUUUUGAAACUUGCGCGAGAGUCGCCCGGCGUGUAUCAUCGUCCGUAUUUGCCUAUUUUCACACGGUGGAAACCCGUCAUCUGGAUGUCACGUAAUAAUAACGUAAAUUCCGACACCUGGUGCGUCUGGUAAGCCACAGCGGGAAAGCUCAGACACCACAAGGGAAUUCGAUCAUGUGAACGUGCGCGUGUGUUGCCGAUUUUUUUUCUUGCGGCGCGUUGUCGGUAAAUUCAUCGUAAAGAGACGAAAAGAGACAGGUGGGUCAUCUCUCCCGAUGACGUUUCCCAUUAUUUGGAAUAAUUAACAUAUUUGUGGUAACAUGUGUCAGUAAACACACCAACUAACAGUACAUUGCAAUUUCUCAAUUAGUAUAAGUGUGAUAUAAUACAGUGUGAUAACAGAAAACACGUUGAAAAUUUACAAUGUCGAUGUAAUGUCACUGUUGAUUGAUAUUUACUGGAAUCAGCGACACAUCGGUGUUACUACGAAACGAAAACGCGAAUUACACCUUUAAGCCCGUCCAUAAAGAUUCCACAGUUCGUCAUGUCGAUGCCGAGGAGGGAAGAGGCACCUGUUAUCUUCAGGGAGCCCGUCCUUUAUCGCGAAUGGGGCCAUCGACUGGCCAGUCUGGGCAGAAACUCUUCGGCUAUUGAUUACUUCGAGAAGGCGAUCAAAUUGGCGGGGACUGAACAAUUGAGAACGUUAAUCGGCUACUGCGCGGUGCUGAUCAGAGACGCGAAGUACCACACCGCGGUGAAACUGUCGGAGAAAUGUAUGGAAAUAGAUCCCGGUCAUUACCAAGCGAGGCAGAUGCGGAUGCGAGCGCUUUUCCAGGCCGGUGAGUUCAGUCACAGCCUGGUACACGCCUACGAGGGUAUGCGACGACGGCGCAGCAUGACCUUUGAACACGGUAUCUAUCAGGCCAACGAGACCAUCGAAGAUUGUAUCGGCCGGAACACGUCGCCUAUAGCGUUGCUGCUGCUCUAUCCGUGGAUACGGAAGCUACACGACUACCGCGACCACCUGGUUGGCAAACUCGAGAAGGAGGAAGACGAGUUCCAAGACAUCGCCGCGGAUGACGACGAGACGAGAUUCAAAGUGAACGAUCCGGAGGUGCAACAGCAGGCUCGAAUGAGGAGGUUACAGCGCGUCAUAGCGAAGAUGUAUCUGGGCUGCUUGGCGAUCGACAAGGAUUUCCUCGAGGAGAUUGUCGGCCAGCCGGAAAUCGCGGCUCCCGAAUUGCUCGCACUCGCGAGCGCGUGCCAUCGGAAUGUCGGCUACCUGCAAGACCUCCUGCGAAUGCGACGGCCGCUCUACGUUACGCUCCUCGAGCGCCGGAAGAUAUCGCGAGGGCGCGCCCUGGCGAUCGAGCGGGAGCGGAAAUUGCGCGCGAACAGUAUCGUCGUCGCGGCGGAUUUCCUGCUGCGUCGUUUACACGCCGCGAGAGUCAACAAAGAUUACCUCGCCUUCUUCGGAUUCGUCGAUCGUAUCAAAGACAAGUUCGACUCGUAUUCGAGCAAAAUGUUUCCGCUGAAGGAGAAGUUUCUGAACGCAUUGUACGAAAUGGUGGCGUGGGUUUACAUUGAUACGCGCGACUUGAUGUGCCUAGACGACGAGAAAAUGAAAGCCACAUACUUGAAGCAUCACUUCGGGAUACGCGUCGCGACGUAUCCCCGAGACUGCGAUCUCGCAUGGAUGCCGUGCACGAAUCCAAAGGAGAGGCUGAAAUUAUUUCGCAGAAGAUUAGCCAUGGCGUACGCGCCGCUUGAGCUCGCCUGGCUGCAUCACGAUCUGUGCAAGUUGCUCGUCGAUAUCUGUCGCUUCGACCUAGCGAGAUUCUACGGGAAGAAGGCGCGCGACAUGGCGCAGGAGGCAAAUUGUAAGCAAUGGAUGUUGAACGCCGAUCAUCUGAUCCUGCGAAUCGAGAUACAUCAAAAUAACAGGAACGAAGCCAGAGACGCCGCGAUGUCAGCGCUCGCGUGUGCCAAGAAGCUCGAUAUCGAUUACUUGAUAGACUUCUACGAGAGGGCCAUCAAGCUGGUGGACGAAUUGGACAUGGAGCGGAUCGGCGACUUCGACGGCGCCGCCUCCAGGCAGCAGCUUAUCCUCGAGUUGAUGCCGCAGGAGAUGAAGGGGGAGGUAGACUUUCUGUGGCGGCGCAUGGACGUCGUGCCCGCCAAGAGACGGCUCUCCGUCAUGCCGGGCUGCAAGCCGAUCGAUCGGAAGCGCAAAAUGACGUCCAAGCGAAGGAGUAUAUUACCCAGCCCGCCCAAGGACCCGGAAAGAGACGCGAGGAUCGCCCUGUUGAGGCAGCACGACGCACGUGUCACGCGACCGGGCUUCGUGGAUUUCGAAGAGUUUCAGUGACGGUCGUCCAGUGACGAAACGAUCGCGAUCGAGCAUUGUCCGUUGACUCAUUGUGAGGCAUAUCGGUUGUAGUUACGCAAGAAUGAUCCGACUCACAUGACCCACAUGAAGUAUGUUUCGAUAGAAAUGCAUAUGAAAAUUUGAUAAACGAUUUAAAAAGUACAGAUAGCACUGAGGUCCGCAUUAAUACUUGUCAUCUAAAACUUGUCUCAUGUAAGAUACUCAGACUUUGAUUCAGAGUCAGUUUUCUAGUUGAAUUGUAAUAUGUGUGAUAUUUAUAUCUCUAACUGCGAUUCGACCGGAAAACUCUCAUCUAACUCUGGAUUGAAACCCGAAUAUCUCAUUUCAGACGAGUUUUAAGUAAUAACUAUUAAUACGGGCCUAAGAUCCUUCGCAAUCGUUCAAGAAAUCAAGCAUAGUCAAUUUGCUUCUCUUUACGGAUAUUCAUUGACAAGCUUAAAAAUGGAUACAAAAGUCGCUAGUAACUAGUAAAAAAUGAUGUAAAAAUGAUAAGGAAGUAAAAACAAUUUUUUCAUUAAACUUAGGCACUCCCAAGGUUUUGCAUAGAAAUACUAAUGGACUACCAAUUAGUGAGAGAAAGUCAAAAAUCUCUAUUGUGUAGGUUGGAUUAUUCCUGCGCAAAACUAUAGUCAAUUAUCGCCGGGUAAUCAAGAACGCGAAUGUGGACUGACGCGAAUGAAAAUCGCUCGGCCGUUGUGCCUCAUUCAGGCGCAUCUGCUCGUUUCGAGUUUAUUCGAGCAUAUCAGGCCGACCAUUGUGGAGAGUGAUUUUCGUUUUACCGCGGAUUUAUUCGAUGUAAUUAUAUAAUGGGUUAUAAUAAUCAUGUUAAAGUUCCAAAUGUA